CAAAUUUUACUUUGAUGAUAACGUUCCCCUAAUUAUAUGUGUCACAAUCACAAGCACAAUCAUGUUUUGAUCGAGGUUCAUAUAAAUACUGCUUCGACUAAAAGUGCGAGAUAUUUUAUAAGGAUACUUAUUAAAAGUUAGUGAAAUCAAUAUGUUGAAGAGUGUUUUAUUACUUCUAGGUCUAGCUGUUGCCAAGGGUAACCCUGAUGCAGAAUUACAAAGAAAUGGAGAGUUUAAUAGAUAUUACUUAUAUAACAGGCAAAUAUUAGGCGAACAGCUAGGUUUUAAUACAACUAGCGUGAAUAUUAUAGUAGGGGUUACCACUGUCGUCAUUGUGCACGGUCACCAGGGCACGUAUCUCACUUCUCUUAACCCUGAUCUUAGAAGAGAGCUAUUGAAGACUGAAAAUGUCAACGUAAUAGCCGUGGAUUGGUCAAUAUACGCAGCUAUGUCGUACUCACUUGCCGAAAAUGCGGUGUUGAGUAUUGGCGAGCACCUGGCUACUUUCUUAGCCAAUCAAGAGAUAUACCCUGCAACUCUUCACUUGAUUGGUUUCAAUUUGGGAGCUCAUAUAGUUGGUGUUGCUGGUAGAAGGCUCGGCGGUGUUGCUAGAAUUACAGGACUGGAUCCAUCUAGGAGCACCAUAAGAUUAGCCAGAACCGACGCGUAUUACGUAGAGGUAAUCCAUACAGAUGUGAGUGGAAUAUCCUCCAACGGUCUGGAUGUCCAGUUGGGUCAUGCGGACUUUUACCCCAACGGUGGGAGCUACCAACCAGGGUGUUGGGGUGGACAUGACUGCAGUCACAACAGAGCAUGGAUGUACUUAGUUGCGUCGUUUAGAGAUAACACAUUUAAUGCUAACUGCUGUAACACAAUGCUUCAGAAAAACUGGAAUACAUGCCGUGGUACAUUUCUCUCGAUGGGAAAUAAUGUACUGAUGAAAUUUCCGUGUCCCUCCGGAAUCUACAGAGUCAACACACGAUCCAGUUAUCCAUUCUAAUAAGUUCUAAAAAUGUUAAUUUUAGCCGAUACUUCCAGCAUUGUAGUUUUAUAUUAUAAGAGGAAGUCGUUAUAUUUUUAAUAAAUAAAAAAGAAAACAUGUUGGCAAAAA